AUGGCACCUUGGAGAAAACACGAAUUCACGCAUAAGUUGCCAGGGGAGCACGUGUAUAACGGAAUCCUCUUCUUUGGGUUCUCGCCCCCAGAUACCCUGAGAGCUGUGAGAGAUUUUACCGUACGAGAAGACGAUGUCUUUAUAGCUACAUAUCCAAAAGCAGGAACAACAUGGAUGCAGGAAAUAAUCUGGCUGAUCAUGCACGAUGGCGAUUUUAAAGGAGCCAGUGAGACGCCUGUUUACUUCAGGUCGCCAUUCUUGGAAUUCAAAGAUGAGAUCUUGAACGAGGUUGGUUUAGAGCUGGCCAACCCGAUGUCGUCCCCGCGAGUCAUCAAGACACAUCUUCCUUACUCAAUGAUACCACGACAUUUACAGCAACACAGCUGUAAGACUGUGGUCGUGUUUCGGAAUCCAAAAGACCUGUGUGUGUCGUAUUACCACUUCUACAAGUCCAGCUCAUCCAUGGGGAAUUUCCAAGGCAGUUGGGAGGAAUUCUUUGAGAUGUUCAUGACUGGACACGUGGACCACGGCUCUUGGUUUGAUUACACUAAAAGCUGGUGGGAGGUCAAGGACAACCCCAAUGUCAAGGUCACUUUUUAUGAAGACAUGAAGCGGGAUCUGAGGAAGGAGGUUGUCGAGUUGUGUUCGUUCUUGGGGAAACCAUUAUCCAAUGAAAUCAUAGACGACAUCGUACGUCACUGCGGCUUUGAGAGCAUGCGCCGAAAUCCUAUGACCAAUCACGAAGACGUUUACUCCAUAAAUAAAGAAAUAUCCCCCUUAAUGAGAAAAGGUACCGUGGGUGACUGGAAGAACUAUUUCACAGUAGCACAAAACGAGCUUGCAGACUACUUUUAUCGGCGACACUUGGGAGACACGGGGCUACAGUUUACUUAUGAGUUGUGAGGCACAAAAGCUGCAUGGUUAUUCCACGAUCAAAGACUUUCAAUAAUGAACAAAUAACUUGUAGCCGUGUAGAGUGUAGCCCGUCGAGCCGUGUUCUACUAACGUAGUGUGUAUAGCCCGUCUCGUGGUUGUAGUGUUAUGUCACCCAGAAGGAAUACCUACUGACGUUUCUAACUCGAAUACAGCCUAGUGUUUGGUAUACAUUGAAUGUACAGGUUAUCAGAGUUUAAAACAUGUCAACACGUGUACCAGUAAACCUCUUCAAAC